UGGAAUUCAAUUCUGCAUUCGGUUUGGUGUUACUCGUUGACGGGAUCAAUGAAGAUUCCAGGAUCGAUAGAUAUCAAAAGCUUCUUCCAGGCCAAGCCUAAUAAAGAUCGCACCAAUACAAAUAGAGUGAUGGGCACUGCUAACAACGAUGCAUCACUAAAUUCUAACUACACAUUAAAAGAAGAAUGCGAUUCUCACGAAAUUGGAACAAAUACAGGCAUAUCAAAGUUAACCGUUAAUAGAACUCCGAAAAGGGAUAUUUUGAAAGAUUCCGAAGUGAAUUUAAGUUGGAGUGAAGAUGAACUUUCUGUUUCCUGUUCUAACAGUAAUUUGGAGAGGGAUAUACCUUCUGAAAACUCCCUUCAUGAAGUUAAUGUACCUGCCAAAAAACAAAAGACCGUUAAUAUUCGCCGCUCGGAAGCAGAUGAGCCAUCUGUUGGUUCCUUGUUCAAUAUCUCUCUGAAGGAGAACGACAAAAAUGCGGACAUUAUGUCAGCCAAAUUUGAUCCGAGUUUAUUUGAUAUAAGUCAUUACAAAUCGACAUUUCCGCCACAGGGGAAUCGAGACUCGUUACUUUUCAACUUUUUGGCCGAAAUAUUGCAGAAAGUGGAGGAUGCAUUUGGUUCUGGUACUGGUAGUAGGAAAUAUGUUUUUACUUUGUUAUCGAACUUCUUCCGGGUGUUAAUUUAUCACCAACCAAGUGACGUGAUUCCUGCAAUGUAUCUGAUGCUAAAUAGAAUUUCAGCAGAAUAUGAAGGGGAAGAAUUUGGAGUUGGUGACACUAUGCUGAUAAAGGCCAUGGCACAAUCAUACGGGAAAAGUGAAAAGGCAGUCAAAGAAAUGCUGUCGAAACAUGAAGAUCUGGGAAAAGUAGCGAGCUUGAGUAGCUGUACAUCGCAAACAAUCGUCAGAUUGCCUGAUUUGACAAUAACAAGUGUCUUUAAUAACUUCAAAACUAUAGCGAGAGAAGAAGGAAAAAAUUCAAUGACACGAAAGACGGACAUCAUUAAGCGGAUGCUUAGUUGUGCUAAAAAGAUAGAGGCAAAGUAUAUUGUGAGAUGUUUACAGCAAAAAAUGCGUAUCGGAGUCAACGCUCCCACUUUGUUUCAGUCAAUUGCAGAUGCUACAUAUUUAACAAAGGCAUCAAAGGAUGGACAGCCCGCCAUUGGUGAUAUACGUACUUCGGGAAUAGAACAGGUUGAUUCUAUCAAUGAUAUGGAAAAGGCAGUCAAAACCGCCACGACAUAUCUCCCUUGUAUUGAAACUGUAGUAGGGCACCUUCUGGAUGGUGACACUUGUGAUGAAUUUUUAGAGCAUUGUAAAAUUCGACCCGGCAUUCCGGUGCGUCCAAUGUUGGCGAAGGCUAUAAGCAAAACUUCUGACAUAGUACAAGCCAUUGGCGCUGAGGAUAACCCAUUCACUUGUGAAUAUAAAUACGACGGUGAACGUCUUCAAAUACACUUGUUGGAAGAUCGUUGUGUUAAGCUGUUCAGCCGUAAUAUGGAAAACCUUUGUGGGAAAUACCCGGACGUUAUGGAAAAUUUUCUUACAAGUGUAAAACCUGACGUACAAGAUUGCAUUAUAGACUCUGAAGUAGUGGCAUAUGAUCGUAGUAGUGGAAAGAUACUCCCCUUUCAACAGUUAUCCACGAGAAAGAGAAAAGGAGUUACUGUCAAUGAUGUCACCAUACAGGUAUGCAUAUAUCCCUUUGAUAUAUUAUAUCUCAACGGGGAACAAAUUGUUGAUAAGUCUUUGAAAGAACGUCGUAAGGCACUAGAGAGCACGGUUUACGAAAAAGACGGUCUACUUCACUUUGCUCGUCACAAAGAUAUGGACUCCCUAGAAGACAUUGAUGAUUUUCUACGACAGGCUGUAUCUGACUCAUGUGAAGGAUUGAUGAUAAAGAGUUUGGACAGUGAAUCAACGUAUGAGCCUCAAAAACGCUCUAACAAUUGGUUGAAAUUUAAGAAGGACUACAUCGAUGGUAUGGGCGACUCUGUUGAUCUCGUUCCAAUAGCAGCGUUUUUGGGAAAGGGCAAACGUACGAGUGUAUAUGGUUCAUAUCUACUGGCUGUGUACGAUCCGAUACAUGAAGUAUACCAGAGUGUAUGCAAAACGGGAACUGGAUUUAGCGAUCAAACGCUAAAGGAUUUGUUUGACAGCUUACAAGAGCACACAGUGCAAAACAAACCAUCUAUAUAUGUUGUUUCGGACAAAUUUGAGCCCGAUGUGUGGUUUCAGCCAGCAAAGGUUUGGGAAUGCAAAGCAGCUGACCUUUCAAUUUCUCCUAUACACACUGCGAGCCAAGAUAUGACCGCCAGUGGAAAGGGUAUAGGCCUCCGAUUCCCUAGAUUUGUGCGCCUGCGAGAAGACAAGAAGCCCAUGGAUGCUACAACAAGCCAUCAAAUAUUUGACAUGUACGAAAGCCAGUUCAAGAAUGGAGCUUCGUAGGACAGUAUUGCCGCAAAA